GGUAUAGGUGUUCCAAAUCUGCGCAGGGUCGGGGUGUCCAGGUUCCAACCGAUGGCCAUCAUCGGGCAGCCGUUGUUGCAUCCGCUCCCCGGCCCGCUUUUAAGGUUGCUUCUUGGAUUAUAAGGGUGAAUCGAUGGCAACAUCUCCAACAAACUCAGCAAUGGAAGCAUUCGUCGCGAGACGAUCUCCGGCCUUCCUCCUCUCCUCCCACUCUUCGCUUCGAUCGCCUUCUUCGGCCAUUCGACGAUGUCGGGUUUCGUUCUCAUCAUUCCCCUCCCGCUCUCUCCCGCGCUCGUGGAGCCCCCAUCCCUUCCAUCAUCGAACCCUACCCCCCCACCCCUUCUCCUACGGCAACAGGAAUCUUUGUAUGGCGCUGCAAUCCAGGACAAAUCCUGUUGCGGGAGCCCCUACCAAGGAUGAUGAGUUAUUCCUUAGGACAAUGAUCUCAGGCAUGGAGAAGGUCUACUUAAGCAGAAAUCCUACUGCUAAGGCCAUUCUGGAACUUGUUAGGAAGGAUGAUGGGGAUCAUAUCUGCUAUGAUCAUUUUGCUUUUCGAACUUUUGGGGUAGAUGGGUAUGGCAUUGAUUCCAUGGCUAAGAUAUUCCUAUACUUUGGUUAUAAGCCACGUGAAGAAUUGAGAUUUCCUGCAAAGAAGCUGAAAGCAUUGUGGUUUGCUCCUCCAGAUACUGGAUACAGUGAAAAUGGAACUGGUGUUCAUGGGCCUUUGCCAAGGAUAUUUAUAUCAGAGCUUCUUGUGGAUCAGCUAAGUUAUCAAAGUCAGGAAGUAAUAAGGAAAUACAUCAAAGGUCAUGGAUAUGAACAUGCUGCUCUUGCAAGUACCUUGGGAUGCCUGACAUGGGAAAAGCCUUCGUAUUCCGACUAUCAAUUGCUAUCUAGAGAGAGUGAAUAUGCUGCAUGGACACUUGUCAAUGGUUAUGCAUUGAACCAUGUCACUAUUUCUACUCACCGGCUGAAGUCACAUAUCAGAAAAAUUGACAGCUUUAACCAAUAUAUUGAAGCUAAUGGAUUUAAGUUGAACUCCGAAGGAGGAAUCUUAAAAGUGAGCCCUGAUGGCCUUCUACUGCAAAGUUCAACUGUUGCUGAUACCAUCUCCUUCGACUUUGCUGAUGGUGUAACCGAGUCCGCCCCUUGUUCAUACAUUGAGUUUGCAGAACGUCAUUUGCUUCCUGAAUACAAAAAUAUACCUGAUGAAGAGAUUAUCCUUGAAGUUCCAUCAUCCUUGUAUUGCCACACUCGAGACUUUGUGGAAUACCUUGACUCUCAGUAUUGUGGUAGUCAAACUUUUUCCAAGACAAAUUCCAAUUGGAAAAAGAAAGACAUACUAUAUUCCAUCUAUAUAUGGUUAAAGUUCGACCGGCCCAGCACCAUUCGAUGUUGUGACUGUUCUGAUCAUCUUGGUCAGAACUCAAAUGAUUCAUUGUGAUCUUCUUGCAGCAUCCUGUAAGUGCACUAACAUUUUGGCCAUAAUAAUAUGCUUACUUAGCUUCUAAUAAUGUUUGGUAAAAGACUUCCAAUAAAUGACAAUUCACAAGAAUCCUACUAACUUCUACAGCUUUACAAUUAAAGGUAUGCAGUCGGUAACCCACUAACAUGGUAUAAUUAGAUUUUUUGGAUCCUGUUCUGUGUUCAUGAUACCGUAUUUGUUGGCAUUAUUGUGGUUCCGUAUUAAGUACAACAUAUGUUUAUCUGAAUAUUCAAGGAUUCCCUUGCAUAUAAUAUAUAUCUUCCUUUUUUUCUCAAAGUUUUUAUCCUAUUAAUUUCUACAGCUCUCUGAUUAAGGUAUGCACUCGAUGAUGACCGGCUAACCUGGUGUAACUAGAAUUUUCUUGAUCCUGUUCUGUGUUCAUGAUACUUUAUAUGUUGGCAUUAUUGAGGUCCCAUAAUAAAUACACCACAUCAUU